AUGCCUUUCCUAUCCUAUAGCCAUUUUCUUUGGAUUUUCGUAUUGAGAGCGUUUGCCGUCACCAGCAACGCUGACGUUACUCCACAAUAUAACGAAGAACUCGCUGCUAGGGCUUCGGUAGCACCAGGUAUUACGAACGUGACGAAUCUCAACAAUCGAUUUGCAGACUUGUCCCUCGAUUACUUCUCAAUUAGGUCGGAGGGCUUCACCAUAGAUCAAGUUGCCCUUGGUUUCAUAAACGCAGUCAAGCGUGAAGCGAUCAAAGACUGCGAUCAGUACAUAGCCAGCUAUACUUUCACUGAUACGGAGUAUGCGGACGACCCGAUACGUAUCCAAAUCAAUGCUGCAGCAGGUGGUCCUGAAGGGCAGCUCGUAAGUGCACUUUCGGAGCAAGUCCUUCCUGGUUGA